AUGUUAGGAUACGAUAUUUCCUGGGCCGCAUUCAAUAUUAUUGAGGUGAUGGCAUCCACGAAAUAUACAGAAAAACGGAUAGGUUAUCUUGCCGCCGCUCAGUGUUUUCAUGAUACGACGGAGGUGUUAAUGUUAACAACAAAUUUGAUUCGCAAAGAUCUUAAUAGUUCCAAUAUGUACGAUUCGGGUGUCGCUCUUGGUGGUUUGUCCUGUUUCGUAACUCCGGACCUAGCGAGAGAUCUUGCCAGUGAUAUUGUUAAUCUCCUCUCGUCGUCACGCCCAUAUACUCGAAAACGAGCCGUUCUCUUGUUGUACAAAAUAUUUUUGAAAUAUCCGGAGGCGCUAAGGCCGACUUUCCAACGCCUGAAAGACAAACUUGAAGAUCCUGAUCCUGCGUUGGUACCGCUCGAGCCACGUCUGGGCAAAAAACUCCUCGAGCCGCUCACCAACCUCAUCAAUAGCACCUCCGCCAUGUCCCUGCUCUACGAGUGCAUUAAUACUGUUAUUGCCGUGUUAAUAAGUAUAUCGGCUGGUGGUGAUCACGCAGCGAGCAUUCAGCUAUGCGUCCAAAAACUGGGAGUGCUGAUCGAGGAUUCCGACCAAAAUCUCAAGUAUCUUGGGUUGCUGGCAAUGGGCAAGAUUCUGCAAACUCAUCCAAAGGCCGUACAGGCUCAUAAGGAUAUAGUGCUGAGAUGCUUGGACGAUAAAGAUGAGAGCAUACGACUGAGGUCUUUGGAUUUGCUUUACGGUAUGGUGUCCAAGAAGAACAUCAUGGAAAUCGUGAAGAAACUCAUGGAGCAUGUGGAAUCUGCAGAAGGAUCUCAUUACAGGGACGAGUUAUUGUCGCGCAUAAUUGGCAUUUGUUGCUAUAAUAACUACCAGUUCAUUACUAACUUCGAAUGGUAUAUCUCGGUGUUGGUGGAGUUGACGAAAGUGGAAGGAACGAAGCAUGGAGCGAAGAUCGCCGAGCAGGUAGUGUUUCCCUUUCCAGAUGAUUCUGGUCAGAGUCAUAGUUAUGGCACUAGCUCACUUAUGAUGGUUUGA